AGCUCUCCGGCCCCUGGGAAGAUGGAGUGGAAUUCCUUGCUGAUGCUGCUGGAAGCCGCGGAAUACUUGGAAAGGAGGGAAAGAGAAGCGGAGCACGGCUACGCCUCGGUCUUGCCUUUCGAAAGUGACCACCCCGCAAGGAAAACGAAGUUCGGAAAAUCCCCCAACAACCGGUCUUCACAUAAUGAGCUAGAAAAACAUAGACGAGCUAAACUCCGGCUAUAUCUAGAAGAGUUAAAACAACUUGUACCUUUGGGAGCAGAUAGCACUAGACACACUACACUCAGCCUGCUGAAAAGAGCCAAGAUGCAUAUUAAGAAAUUGGAAGAACAGGACCGAAAAGCACUAAAUAUUAAAGAACAAUUACAACGAGAACAUAGGUAUCUCAAGCGUAGAUUGGAACAGCUCUCCAUGCAGGGCCUGGAACGAAUUCGCACAGACAGCCUGGGAUCAACAUUAUCAACAGAUUCUGAGCAAGAGGUAGACAUUGAAGGAAUUGAAUUUACAGCAGCUGGAAUGGACAAUAGUGGGAGUACCAGUGAUGCUGAAGACAGUUUUCAAGGCAGCUCCAGUGACGGUGGCUAUACAUAUUCCCUCAGAGUAAAUGCCAGACUUCUGUAGCAUUUGGCUGAACUUCUCAACUCAGGACCUUUUUGACAGAAGCACUUACAAUGAAUAAGAAAUAUAAUUCCAGAGUUGUUGAGUGCUACUUUCCCAGAAAGCCUCUACCUAUCACAAUGCUCCAAAUGGUGUAUUGUCCAGGAUUCGUCGGAUUAUGGUGUAUAUUAAAUUACAAAUCAUGGAUUUUGCAAAGUAAGAUUUUGUUUUCAACUGCUUUAACGUAGCCAUUGUUCAAACUUUUUUUAACUGUUGUGAGGAGAGUGCUUUUUAAAGUCUCCCCAGUACAAAAAGAUCAAAGCUUGUUUGGUUUAUUCAGCAUUUGUAUUGUAGUUUAUUGAAGUUCAAAUUCUCAGGUUUACUAAACACUCAGCCCUCAUUAACCACUUCUCCAAAGUCUAUUAACGAACCAGAUAAAGGUGUCCUUUUGUCACAAAAAGGAGACAAACCUUAAGGCAACACAAUCCAACAAAUGGAAAUGACAGGUAUAGGUGAAGAACAUACACUGUUCUGUCCAUCUGUCUGCUCAUGAUAUCAUUGAAUUGGGCAUCCUGGGGCACAUCUACAGUGACCACUUAGGUUGAUAUGAAAUCAGCCAAGAAAUAAGUAGUUUCAGUGUGCGAAUGAUAACAUAUUAAGUACUGGAACCAGUUUCAAGGCCUGGAUGAUAUUUAUAUGACCCAGAGGCUUCCAGGAUAUGCAUUAU